AUGACCACCAUACAUGCCUACACAUUCGUAAACACCGCCAACCUGGAAAUAUUAUUAAAAGAGCAUUUCAACGACUUUCGUCGACAUGAUAUUAACAUCACAGCCAAGUAUGCAGUCCGCGAUUUCAUCAGAGACAGGUUUGUCGAGUAUGGUUUAGAUGUGUCAAUGCAUGAAUUUGCGACUAGGAAACCAGAGUUCACAGGAUCCAACGUAAUUGGUAUCCUGAACGGCCAGAAAGCUAUGACGUCGGACGAUAAGAUCGUACUGCUAGGAUCGCAUUAUGACACAGCCGAUACAACGCCUGGCGUUGACGAUAACGGAAGUGGCAUGGCAUUACUAUUGGAGACGGCUCGAGUGGUGACGUCACAUUGCAAUCCAGAAUACACAAUCAUAUUCGUGGCAUUCGACUACGCGGAGUUCACAGUAUCUUGGGCAGAUGACCCAUGCUAUUGGAAUGUACCAUGUGGAAGUCAGCGUUUUGUGGAAGACUGGCUGGUCUCGUUCCUGCAGGAUCGUGAUUCCCCUGAAUUCCAGGGAGCUUUCAUCGCUGAUACUUUGAUGAACUGGGAUGACAAUAACAACACGCAAGAUCUGCCAGGUGCUUUUAAUGUUUUAUUUACGGAUACGUACACUAGAAUUCGUGAUAAUGGUUUUCGUGGGGAUUUCUUAUUUGUCUAUUCACGACCAGAAGAUGCAACAUUAAUGGAAACCUUCGCGUCUCAUUAUAACAGUCAGGAUGGUAGUGCGUAUCGUAUUGAAUGCCUGUUACUUCCUAUCACUGGUCAGCCUACUACAUACCAGGAACGUUUCUAUACCAACCAGCUUAGAAGCGAUCAUCAUAACUUCUGGCGAAACAGUAAUAGUUUUAAAGCUGUCCAGCUCACUGAUUCAGCUAAUUUCCGGGGAUACAUGCAAUCUUGUCAUCAUCGUUUGUGCGAUGACGUCAACCCAAUUACGCCAGAAAUAAUACAAUUUUUAGCCAAAACUACAAAAGCAAUAGUAGCGACAUUAUUAGAAAUGAGUGCCACUCCGUCAUAUUGUCCAGAUGGAAGAGGUAACCCCCCAAGUACGAUUAGUUUGAGGAGUUCUAAAGAACCGACGACACUGGAGGCCCCAAAGCAAUCUACAAAAACAACAGAACUGCAACAGAUAUCCAAACCAGCCAGAGUAACCAAUACAGCAAGGACAAUGACAUUCAAUACAAUAGUAAUUUGUAUCCACACAUCCGCUUCCAUAGCAAUAUAUUUUGUAUAUACAGAAAGGUGACACGUCAUUUGCUGAUAUUGAUGGUAAAAAUAGCUUUAAUGUCCCCGAAAACACUUUCCAUUCAUUAUAGAAAAUCGUUUUAUUUAUUCGUGUAUAUGUAAAUAAGUUUGUGACGUCAUUGUAUAUAAUUUACAUAUAUUAUAAUCGGUGCUAUACUCAGUUGUGUCAUUCCCUCCGCGGUGUCGACAUGGUGGCAUCAAUCAUCGCACAUGCGUGCCACACUUGACGUGGCCUAUUUUCAACCGUUGUAUAUAAGCAAUCUCUUCUCAUCAAAUACCAGAAUUAUACCUGGUCUCAUACAGCAAGGACUACGCAGGAAAAUCUCCGAAGUUAGAAAAACGGGAGAAUAUGUUACGUAAUAUUAUACAGAACAAAGGUGGAUGCCAAUCAGAAUGGGCUCUUACUAUAGCUUUCUGAUAGUUUGGUCAAAGUAAUAUUCGUCAAGAUAUAUAAAUCGGACAUGAA